AUGUUAUUGUUAUACCUCGUAUUUGUUGUAAUUCCAUUUAUUGCUUUCUCUUAUUAUAUAUAUAAUAGUGUAUUAGCUCUUAUUCAUGAAAAACAAAAAAAAAAUGAAUUUUUCAGUUGCCUAAAAUCAGAAAACAAGAAACAUGCUGCCUUUGAAAAUUUUGCUAACAAAUAUGAAGUUGAAAAAUAUGCCCUUUAUUUAAAAGCAAUCAGAAAUAUUAAGGUCGACUAUAAAACAAAUAUACUUGAUGAUAUAAAUAAAGAAACAAAUGAAGAUGAUAAAGAAAUCGACCAAAAAAUUGAUUCAAUACUCGAAGAAAUUUAUAAUGACAACCAAUAUGCCGAACAUAAUGUAAUUGGAAAUCCACAAACUAGUUGGAUAAGAAAAUUACCAAAUGCCGAUAUAAUCAAAUUGAAAGUCAUGUUAUUAAAAAAAACUAUUUUAUUUCUCCCUAUAUGUAAUAAAGUAUUUCAUGACAAAAAUAAAAAAUCAAGACUAUAUAACAAUUAUUAUAUUGAUGAUAAUAUGUCAAGGGAUCUAGAUAUUCAAUGCGACCAAUUUUUGGAAGAAUUCAACUUUAUUAUUUAUGAAGCAAAUUGUAUAGCAGACAAAUGGGGAGAAACAAUAAUUUCUGACGCGUACAGAAUUUUUCAUCACAACAAAAUUAAAAUGAGUGAGGAAAAAAAAAAAAAAGAAGAACAACAAUCCCUUUUGAAGAAACAAAAACAAAAGGAAAAAAAACUCAAGGAAGAAACUGAAAAAGCUAAUUUGAUCGCAGAUCAAAUAAUUGAUGAGGAAAAUGCUAAAAAAAAAAAAAAAAAAAGCAAAUAA